AUCCCGCCUGUCCGGCAGGGGGCGCCGGUCACAGAGCUGCGCGGUUAUAAAUGCAGCCCGGACGCUAUGGCUCAGAUUAGCAUAAAAAAGCAAGGGUACAUGUGCGGAAAACUGGCGUUGUGUUGGUUUAAAACGUAAAGGUAAGACUCAAACUUAUCAUAUUAGUACAAAAAAGCACCGCGACGUGAAAACGCGUUAUGACAGACAGUUUGUCACCGGGACGUUUAGUGGAACAAGCCGAGAGAGGGAGCGAGAUAACCGGCUAGCUGUUGGGGGCUAACUAGGUUAACGUUAACUUUGCUUCAAAGAGAAAGUCUAAAAAAUAACGACAUUAUCUGGAAAUGCUUCAAAGUCAAGCUUCAAACUGAGGAGAUUAACCUGUUUUAGUUAUCGACGCUGUUGUCGCAAAGAGAGGACAAAGAGUAGAGGACGCUAACGGCUAAUGCUAGCUGUGGAGUAAAAACUGAAGGUGUUCAGGGAUAAAAGCGAAUAAAAGAUUCAUUUUUACAUUAAAAACAAAUUAUCGUGCAAAAACGAGGUGAUUUUAGUCUUUAUUUUUGUUCGGAAACGAUGUUAAAAGCGCUGGGGAAACGUUUUGUCAGGCUAGUCAACGUUACCUGUGACCGGUGUUUCGGUCAAUUAUGUGACCCAGUUAUUUUGAGUCCUUUUAUAGACAGCAGCUCUAUAUAGGACUCACUGAAUUUGUUGCUUUAAACACACUUUGUGCCUUUAUGAUAUGCUAAAAAAAACAUCCAGAAAGCUUUAGGCUGUAUUCAUGAUCGUAGUUUUGAUUUGGUAGAAGAAUUAUGAGCUUCACCACCACACCAGUGACAAAUAACACGUUUCAAUACCUGUUCAUAUCAGAAAUUUGACAAACCUGUGCAAAACUGGAGCACCUAAUUGUGUGCAGUGGGUUCAGUGGUGGUAAAACAGGCUGAAGUGAACACUGAUGCAGUUUUAUUAGAUGUGGACUCAGAUUAUUGGCGCUUGGCUGAUAAAUUUAUCAGCCAUUUGUUCUAUAGAUGGUGAUAAAACUAACUCUGGAUUCCCCUCUGGGUCUACUGUCCGGACUACAACACUACCUGAUUGACUAGAUGUCACAAAGCUGUGUAACAUAACCAAACUGUUUAACUCUUAACUCCUGUACGUGGUGUUAAAAGUUUCAGUUUUGAUGUAAGAUUUCCUUCUGGAGAGGUUUUUACUUUCAGAUGUUUUGACAGAGGGUCUAACACCUCGGGCCAAAACGGACAUUUCAAUCAACCAAUCAAUUUUUAUUUAUACAGUGCCAAAUUGCAACAGUCGUCAUCCCGUGAUGCUUUCCAAAAGAGCAGGUGAUUAAUGUCGGGGAGGCUGAUCUUCAUGUCCGCAGCAUCAGUCCAGAGGAACCUAAGAGACGAGGGAGUUCAGGGACACUCAGAGAGAUCAGCAACUUUAAUGGGACAUGAAGAUCUAAAGGGAGCGAGAGGGACAUUUUGUUCUCGUGAAUGAAAACACAGGGGAGGUCUCCUACUGAGGCGCCCUGUUUGAGAUCGUAAGAAGAGGUCUGGUAGUUCGGUUAUCGACUCUGUUAUUCAGGGGUAUGAGUCGCCGUGUGGACAUGGUAGACCCUCUAACCCUGAGUGUUUUUGUCUCCAGGUUUGCACCUUUAGCUGGACAUCACCACAAACCAACAUGUCUCACCGAGGCCCUUUAACCGCUGUCAUAACAACAGUAUUAGGGGCGACCUUAGGUGGGCUGCUCAUAUGGCGGGUUUACCGGACCAAAAGGAAGAGGCUGCCUUUCAAUCAGAAGGCGGAUGAUCCUGUGGAAGCUCCGUGUCCUGUGGAAAAGACGUUCACCGCUGUGGAGUAUAAGAGCCCAGAGUCCUCACAUGUACUAGAUAAAGAGAUUAAAGCUGUGGAGGGUCAGACCUCAUCGCUGCCCCCUCCUGUGCAGAUCCCGACCACCGAUCAGCUGCUGGGAGUGAAACCGCUGAUGGUGAGCUCUGAAGAAGAAUGGCAGCAGCUGUGGCCGCUGAUGCAGAAGGAGCUGUCGGAUGUUCCUGUGCUGGGGCUCGACUGUGAAUGGGUAAAAAAAUAUGGAUAUUUAUCUUCUGCAGGUUUUAGAGAAAAAACAGUGUUUCUAUACUUCUUAUUUUGGUGGUUAACGGCUUAAUGCAAUCUGAGAAAGACUUGAAUUUGUGUCCGAUAGAUCGGUUAAGUGUUUCUUACAAGUACCAGUGUAUUAAAAUGCAUUUAGACUUUUUUCUGACUUAUUUAUUGCGAUUGUUUAUGAUGACUUUAUGGUGACACUGAUGAAGCUGCAGCCUCAGUUUGAACUCAACUCCCUCCUGUCAUAUCUCCAGCUCUCUGUGUCUGAUCACGAUGUCUUGUCUUGUUGCAGGUGUCGGUAAAAGGCCGGGCGUCUGCAGUCUCCCUCUUGCAGAUGUCCUCGUAUUCAGGUCUGUGUGUCCUGGUGAGGCUGCUGGCGUUUCGUAACGGCCAGAGGACGUUCCCCCUCAGUUUAACGGAACUCCUCAGAGACCCGCGCGUGUUCAAAGUCGGCGUCGGCUGCUACGAAGACGGGAAGCGUCUGACUCGUGACUACGGUCUGCUGCUGAAGUGUACGGUCGACCUGCGCUACAUCGCCUUAAGACAGAGGUACUAUGUUGUCUGUGUUCUCUCAAAGCGUUUGACUCUCUUUUGGCUCACUGCGGUGUUGUUUUUGAGUUGAAAAUGACCCUCUUCACUUCUGUCUCCAUUUCCAGGCAAACUAAAGUGAGUAACGACAUGAGCCUGAAGUCUCUGGCAGCAGAUCUGUUGGAUGUAUCUCUGGAUAAAUCUCUGAAGCUUCGCUGCAGCGAUUGGGAGGCAGAGCAGCUGACAACAGAGCAGGUGAUUCACCGCUCCACAUUCCUCAUCUCUCUCAUUUUUCACAUCUGUUAAUAAAUCAGCAGUUUUUAAAAAUAUAGAAAUCACUAAAAAGCAAAGAGGCGCUUUUUUUCCCUGAGAACUUUUUGUGAUUUUUAUAUCAACAUGAAACCUCAUCCAGAGAGCAUCUAAAACAAAAUCAAUGUGUGAGUGGGAGGAACUUUUUUGGCUGCUCCUGCAAAGACUAAUCAGAUUUAUUUUCCCCGACACUGAAGAUUAAGUGAGCGACAUUUUCAGCUCCUCCAUCGCUCAGAUGGGCUUUCAAUUCUCCAAUCAAUCCAGAAGUUACCGGCUAAAUCUGUCGUUCUUCGUCUGUGUCUCUCUAAACUUCCUCAUCUGUUCUCUCAUCACCAGAUGACCUACGCCGCCAGAGACGCCCAAGUCUCUGUCGCUCUCUUCCUCCAUCUCCUCGGCCUCCACUCUGACGCCAGUCCCGCCUCUUCCAGCAGGUGCUCUUACUCCGAGCUGGCCUCCUGCUGCCAGGGCCUGGUGGACGUCCCCUUCAGGGGCCGAGGAGGAGACGGGGACAACAGGAACGCAGACGGAGAGAGGAGGCGGAGGACGCAGAAACUGUCCUCGAGCGGGAGCCCAGAGUCUGGAGAUCAACAAGUCCCAGACUUUCAGAAGAACAACAAGAGGAAACUGCUGGGUGUGGGCUACUCUGCCAGGUGAGGAGGGACUCCAGCGUCGUCAGGACAGUGGAGAAUUAAAAUGAAUUCACAUUAAACCUUCUCCUCUGUGUAACAGGAAGACUCCUCUCUAUGAUAACUGCUUCCUGCACGCUCCAGACGGCCAGCCUCUGUGUACCUGCGACAAGAAGAAAGCCAAAUGGUACCUAGAUAAAGGAAUAGGAGGUACAUUAGAUCACUCUAACAUGAUAACAUCAAAACACAAUGUCAGAACAGUUUAAAGCUGCAGUGAGCGACUUUGUCCUUCAGAGUUUCUCCCUGAUUUACUUCCUUUAAAGUUACAGAGUAAACAGGAACCUUUAAGAGAAAAGUUUUAUCUUCUUUCACUUUGACUGUUUUAAAUUCAGCAGAAGAAGCUUGAAACUUCUUUGUGUUCUUCACUGAAAUCUCUGUUUUUGACCCAGAGCUGCAGAGUGAAGAUCCUUUCGUCGUGAGGCUGCUCUUCGAGCCGUCGGGACGUCCUGAUUCUCAACAGGACUAUUAUCUCACCGCCAAAGAGAACCUGUGCGUGGUCUGUGGAAAAGCAGAUUCAUACAUCAGGUUAGAAAUCUUCACUUCAUAUCCAAUCAUCAGCUGUUUAGAUAAAACUGUAUUUUCUGCUUAAAAUCAAAACUCCGAUUUCUUUUCAGUAUUUUUCUCAAUCACGUUUUUAUCAUCGGUUACCUGGUUUCCUUUCAUUUCUCAGGAAAAACAUCGUGCCACACGAGUACAGGCGGCAUUUUCCCACCGAGAUGAAGAACCACAACUCCCAUGACAUCCUGCUGCUCUGCACCAGCUGCCACGCCGCCUCAAACGUGUUCGACAGCUUCCUGAAGCAGCAGCUGGCUGAAGAGUACGCCGCCCCUCAGGGCUGCGAGGAGGGGGUCCGCCUGCUGGAGGACACAGACCGGCGGCGGGUUCGUUCCGCGGCUCGCGCUCUGCUCACUGCCGGGGACGGGCUUCCGCAGCAGCGGCGAGACAAGCUGCAGGAUCUGAUCAAGAGUUUCCUCAACAUGAACGAGGAGGAGAAGCUGGCGGAGGACGCUCUGCAGCAGGCCGCUGGUUUGGAGACCAGGUGAGACUCGACUCAGGCUGUUUGAUUUGAGGGUUUAAUUUAUACCUGCGGGAUCCGAUUUCUCCUCAAAUAUUCACUUUCACGAGUUUCCUGGCACAGCGGCGUCAGUUAACACAGCUGGAGAUGAAUAAUAACCAAAGAGAGAGAGAGAGAGAGAGCGUAGAUUUCACUGUCAAAUCUCCUAAAGUCAGAGGAGGGGGAACAUCGAGUCAGUGUCUUUAAUCCAAGCUAAGAAUUUGUGCUCAGAGCUGAAGCUGCUGGAAGACGAUUUCCACAACUAUCAUCCACCGCCAGACCAGGAUCUGAUUGGACCGUGUUUGAUCUGCAGAUGUUUUGCUUGACUUAAAGGGAUAUUCCGGCGUUAAAUUAACUUAGGGUCAAAUACACCGUAACACCGAGUUAGACACCCUCUCAAAAGAUGAAUGUUGUCGACCGCUUGCUUCUCUAGUUCUAUCUCAGACUCCUCCUCUCUCCUCUGCAGGAUCUUCAAUGAGGCGUACGUUCCUCACGGUCUGAAGGUGGUUCAGGCCCACGCCGAGCGGGGCCUGCAGGGUCUGAUGGAGCUGGAGCGUCGCUGGAGGCAGCACUUCCUCACCUCCAUGCAGCCCCAGCACCUCCCUCCUCUCUGGUCCGUGGACCACAACCACAGCAAGUUCCUCCACAGAUAUGGAGUGGACCUGCCCGUCAAACUCAACUGACGGUCUGUGGGACCACGUGAGGACCCGGACGCUGCUACAGACUGAGGAAAGAAACUGAACUCGCCCGUGUUUGGGUCAGAACUUCACAGACGCUCUUUCUAUUUCAGAAGCCUGAUAGGUUUUUUAAAAGUGAGCAGAAGAGACUGAAACGUUUCAGCAUGUGCAGCUCUAAAGGCAGCUGUGAUGAACUAUGAAAGACUUGAAAUGAAGCGACUCAUUAUUUUCUUUCAGAAAUAGAGUCUCAUGUUAAUAUUUAUAUUCUUUAACCCUCUGCCCUGCUUUAGUUUUCCGUCUGUUGCCUCUUUUCAGUCAACAGAUGAACGGUGAGAUCCUCAGAAGCAUCUAGAAAUCAAACUUAGUCUGGUUUCAAGGUGCCUUAGAGCUCCUCCUCCUCCUCACAUGUUCGGUGUGUAAUAACGUCACAGAGGGAGACGAAUGCCGCCCUUCGGUAAAGUUGAUUAUUUCUCUCCUGAUGUUUGUGUCCUGCCGCUGAUUCUCCUGAGGGUUCGGACUCCUCUAUGGCUCGUGUUUUAACGUGCCUCUUAAUCUCCGAACCCGACCGGAGAGCAGACGCAGCGGCAGAACGAGACCUCCUACAGAAUCCAAACAGCCCGGUAAAGAAGAGGUGCCAACUUUUUUUUAAUGAGAACACUAAACCCUCCCUCCUCUCCCUCUUUGCAAGGCAGAUUUUAUCUUUGUGGAGUGUGAUGGAUGAAUUUACAACACAGCUGCUUUGUCUUGAUUCCUGGAUGUGAGCCUGCGAGCUGUUUUGUUUUCCUAAAUUGUGAAUGUAAAAAAAUAAAAGUAAUGUUUGUAUUAAUUAAUCUGCGGAUUAAGUUGCUGGAAAAGAAGUCAUCACACCACAAACACGACCACUUUCAUUGCUUCUUUUUUAUUUCUUACAAAAUCACAGUUUAAUAAAUAGUCUGUAAAAAUGAGUACAAAAGCGGUUUUCUUAACAUUUCAUAUAUGAAUCACUCGUGACUUUCAGCUCAAAGGAGUCUUCAGUUGGAUUUUUUUGUCAGGAAUGACUUUUUUUCUUUUUUUUUUUUCUUUUUUUUUUACAAUCUAGUUUUGCUGAAUUAAGGCCUCUUGAUUUUGGCAUCAGAACAAUCUGUCAGUCAAAUGUUUUGUAUUUUGAAUUAGUAUAGAGUUAUGAGCUCCCCUGGUUUCACAGUUCAGUCAGAAAACAAAGAAUAAAUAAGUAAAUAAAAAAAUACAUUUACAAAUAAAUACCAAAAUGGCUCAACAUGCAGAUGCUGACAAAACCAAGCACAUUUCUAAAGUCCAGUGUUUGACACUGCAGACAUAAAACCAUGGCACAUGAGGCUGCCUCAGGAAAGGGAUCCCACCAAAACUGAUCAACUGAUUCUGACUUUUUUUAGGAAGAGGGAAAACAUGGGCACAAGUCAGAAAACACUGUCUUUAAAAAAAAACUUUAACAUUUUGGUGGAAUUUCCCUUUUUAGAAGUAAAUCGUGACAAGGAGUGCAAUCCUGUGAUGUGAAAGACACUCUGACAUCUUUACUGCAUUACAGAGAAACCUCUGAGGGUGGAAACACACCUGAACAUUUCAUCCUAAUAUCUCCAGGACAGGAAUACUUUAUUAUUUGGAAAAACAGACCCUCAUACCCCUCAGUUAGAAAUCUAUCUGUGAAGUGUGGGAUUAAAAACCCAAAUAGCGUGUUAGCUUAGCAUGAAACAAAGACAGGAAAUAGCUAGCUAGUAGCUAGCCCGCCAAAAUGAAACGGUCACAAAAAUACUCCUAAUUCUUCGUUUGUUCGACUGUUAAAUGUUUUAACCUUUUAAAAAAUGCCAAUCACAGUAGUUCAUUAACCUAUCAAGAUAAAUCUUACUUUUAACUCCGUUUAAAAUUCCGUAAUUUUGACUAUUAUUGAGCAGUUCUUGUAUCUGGAUGCACUUUAAGAUUUUGUCCCAUGAUUUAUUAUUUAAAUAAAUGCUGCACUGAUACUAAAUGCUGCUUUUCGAGAGUUUUUUGUGUGUAAAAUAUGCACAUAUGAGGGCGGAUUACGGAGAAAAAUUCUGCUGUUUCUCUGAUUUAAUGACAAGUAUCAAAAAACUACGUGAUAUUUUUCUUUUUUCUGUUUUUGGUAAUUAUGGAAAACUCUCGUUUACUCUGGAAAGAAAGCUAUUUUACACCAAGAAAAUUUCUUAAUAAUCCUUGGAUUAUUAUACCAUUAAUUAAAAAACAGCGGCGGAUUAUUACAUACUCAAAUACUUUAGAACAAUGAGGAAGUGGAGUUUAGUUUUUGGCCAGUAGGGGGCAGUAGAACCGAGCUGGGAGCAUAGCGUCAACACACUCGGUAUUUAAUUCAACCAUUAUCGUGUUAUUCCAUUUUUUAAAAGAUUUUAACGUGUUUCCGGGCUUUAUUUCGACAGCAUAGAUUGAAAGCGACAUGAAACACGGGAAGAGAGGCCAACAUGGAGACCGGAACUCAAUAUAACCACCGACGAUUACCAUCAGGUAAGUAACCGAGUUUAACCCUCAUCUUGGUCCGUCAUUGUCCUGUAUAACAGAUUCGUUUUAGUCAAAAACUUAUUUUCUUACUGCAAAACUUUUGGCGAGAACCCGUUCUAAAGAGAUACUGGGUUUUAGAGAAGUGUUUGUAAAACUCUCAAACUGCUUCUAGAUCAAAUCUCAGGUGUGUUUCCACCCGGACUACUUCAGAGGAUCUCCUCACUAAAUUACUGCAUAUUAUAACUCCUUUUGUUCGUCCCAACAAAAGAACAUUUUACACAUUAACAUAAAUACAAAAUGCAAUAUAAGAAAUAAAAAGGCCUGUUUGAUCUCAGCCCCAAAUCUCUGGAAGUGUUUUUUAAAUCAUCAUAUUAAUGAUCUUCUCAUAAUAAGGCAUAUUCAAUCGUUUCCAAUUCACUAAUCUCCUUAUUUAACCUGCAAAAUCUACAUUUUUCAAUCAAUGCCAACUAAUUUGCAGCCUUAACGUUUAAAACUUUGAGGUAAAAUUUAUCUACCAAGUCUAUUUUGCUUAUUUAAUCUCUCACCAAUUUUACAGGAGAAGAAUUCACAUGUGUCCAAACUGGCCUGUAAGAUUGUCACAUGAUCAGAAGAUGCUGCAGAAACAAGAUAGCUCCACAAAUGCUGCCUGAAAGAAAAUAAACCCUCAGAUUGGUGCGGCAGAGUUCAGUCAAAUAAUGUCACGAAUGAAGAGAAAUCGAGAUGUGAAGAGGUGAAGCGGAUGAUUUCUCUCGUUUUUUUGGUCAAAGGCUGUUUGAUGAUGCAGAGAGGCUUUCGUUCUGUACAGUGUGUUGUGGGAAAAAAAUACAAUUUUGGUGUUUUUCUUGUUUAAACUGGACAAUUGCAUGAACACUUGUGUCAUAAAGUGACCCUCGAACAUGUCGGACAUAAAUCCUCUGAACUACACGGGCUGACAAAAGAAAACACACAUCCUUCACUCCUCUAAACAAUCCUGCUUCAUUCUCCUCACUGCACGGCUUUGGCUCCACUCAGCUGGUUUGAACUGGAAGUUGUGGUCAGCACCGAUUUCCGAGAGUUAAUUUAACCAUCUAAAUAAAGUCAAA